GGAAGCAGUAAGCUCGAUGUCCGCGAUGCGACGGCUCAGCGGAGACCCGUCGGAAAGUGUUUCAACUGUAACAAGCAAGGACAUCUGAGAAAGGACUGCACGAUGCCGAAGAAGAACGCUACUGUUACUGAAAAGGUUACUAAAUCGGCUCAGCAAGCAGAGCCGGCGAGAAUUUUUACCGCGUCCUUGAGGAAAUGGAUAUGUGGAGCAGUAGAGGUCGACAACAAGUGCGAAUUGGUCGGUGAACAAACGACCACGGAAGUGCAUCUUCUAGGCACUUCACGCAAAGCGUUGUUGGACACUGGCUCGCAAAUCAGCAUCAUACCACUGCAAGUACUCCAGGCAGCAUUGGAGUCCGGCUUUGACUUGGAUGCCGACGUCGAAGAAAUUCCGUUGGACCAGCAAAAGCAGGUAUUUGAUGCUUCGGGCAACAGAAUGUCCUUCAAAGGAGCGAUCAGACUGACGCUGCAGAUGAGCGACGGUAAGAAGCAGCGGAUCGCUGCCUUUGUCAUGGCUGGAGGAGACGGCAUGUUGGUGCUUGGGACCAAUGCACUGCGGCCACUUGGAUAUGACCUCACUCAGCGAAACUGCUCAGAGUCUGUGGCGCUACCUCGAUCACGGAGUAAACCACCCUGUUCUCUCUCAGUUACUGCUGCGAAAAGGGUGUACAUUCCUCCAGGACAGUCAAGAUCGGUGCCGAUUCAAUGCAAGGACCUCACCCAAGGAGGAAUUUUCUGGUCUAAGGACCACUUACUUCCUGAUGUCGUAUGGGAAGGUGGAGAGAAGGCAGUUGAGGUGCCGGUAACAAACACCUUUGCAGGAGCAAAGAUCUUCCGACUAGGGGAGGAGGUGGGAAUCCUCGAACCCGCAAAAGUCGUUGAAGUCAAGCCUGUCACGUAUUCGGGAGACAUACCGAGAAGACAGACUUUUGAAGUUGCUCCGCGACAACAGGACAAACAGGAGAAUAGCGACGAAGUUGAUAAUCUCGUCAAGAGCUACGCUCAAGUCUUUGCGGUGAGCGAGCAAGAGCUUACCCAGACAACGCUGGUGGAACACAACAUCGACACCGGUGAGGCACCACCGAUCCGACAAAAGCCUCGCCCGAUACCACUGGCUACU